GUUCAGGGACCAAAUUGAAACUUUCCCCAUAAACAGACACUCCGACGGCCGGCAACCACCUUAUCAAUUGUCAUCUUUCAAAUUCGAUCGAAAUAUUCAAAAUAUUCGCCGAUCAACAACCAAUUGACCAAAUACUCCGGUUGAUUUCCAUGGCUUCUCUCUCGUACCUCAAGAGACCAAUUUCUGAAACCCCACAAUUCCAGCUGAUUUUCGCCGAUCAACCACCAAUUCCUUCGAAAUUUUCAACCAUUCAUCCACUUCGAAGAACCUCGUUUCAAUUUUCUCAGUCUAGGGUGAGUGGAAUAUCUCCGAGACGAUCCCACGUGGUUAAAGCUUCAUCCAUUGAAAGUACUCGUGUAUAUGAUGUUCCGCUUCUUUCAGCUUCAGAGGCAAUAGAAAGAUUGAGGAGAAAUAAAGAAAGUUACAAAAGCACACAACGAUAUUUGGCUAUGUACUCGAGUGUUUUUGGUGGAAUCACUACUGAUGAAGCUGCUAUGGUGAUUCCCAUGGAUGAUCACAUGGUUCAUAGAGGACAUGGUGUUUUUGAUACAGCCGCCAUAGUGAACGGAUGCCUAUACGAGUUGGAUCAACACCUUCAUCGUUUCCUCGGUUCUGCAAGCAAGGCAAGAAUAAACCUUCCUUUCGAUAAAGAAACCACAAAAGCAAUACUUUUAAAAACCGUAAGUGCUUCGAAUUGCAAAAAUGGAUCAUUAAGAUACUGGCUUUCAUCGGGUCCCGGUGAUUUCCAACUCUCGCCCUCAGGUUGCCAUCAAUCCGCUCUUUAUGCCAUCGUAAUCCAAGACCAAUCGCCUCCUAACUACAAGGGCAUAAAAGUAAUUACAUCAUCUAUUCCGAUAAAACCGCCGCAGUUUGCCAUCAUGAAGAGUGUAAACUAUCUCCCGAAUGUUCUUUCAAAAAUGGAAGCGGAAGAAAACGGUGGUUAUGCUGCGAUUUGGUUGGAUGAAGAAGGGUUUGUUGCGGAAGGGCCUAAUAUGAAUGUGGCUUUUGUUACAAAAGAAAACGAGCUUUUGAUGCCUCGUUUUGAUAACAUACUUAGUGGGUGUACUGCGAAAAGGGUUUUGGAACUUGUGGGUGAUUUGGUAAAAGAAGGGAAAGUUCGGGGGGUGAAAGUGAAAGAUGUUACGGUGGAGGAAGGGAAAGAGGCGGAAGAAAUGAUGUUGAUUGGUAGUGGAGUUCUUGUUCGACCGGUUUUGCAAUGGGAUGAUCAAGUCAUAGGAAAUGGAAAAGAAGGUGUAGUGACAGAGUCUCUUCGGAAGCUUAUUUUGGAGGAUAUGAAAAGCGGCCCAUCAACUGUACGCACUGUUGUUCCAUACUAGUUUCAUUUCUUGAGCUCAAGUACUUGUAACAACAAUAUGUAGUAGUUUCCUUUGUAAAUUAGAUCUUGUGAACUAAUUCAACCAAAAAUCAAACAUCAUGAUUAAAAACAAAACCAUCUUGAGACAUUUGUUUUGUAUGUAUCUGUUAUCAAAUUAAGUAACUA